CAUGAGUGAAGUGAAUGAUAUCUGGUAUCACUGUCAUUUUGAUUUAUUAUUAUGUUGUUGGAGGCAUUUUUAGCUGGUUUUUGGUCAUCUCUUGGUAGCACUAUUGGUAAACUAGCCGGAGAAAAAUAUGUUGUGGGUGACAGUUACACAAUUUGGGCAGCCUUAUUAAUCGUGAUGGUAUUAGUUAACACGUGGGGCUGCAGGCACUACUUGCGCUCCCUGGAUGCGGCGAGUAACUCGGUAGCACCAACAGUUGUAUCAGCCGCUACCAGCUACGUAUUGUCUGGUCUGAUCGGCGUGGUGUUUUUCGAUGAAGGUGCAUCGGUACGAUGGUGGGCUGGUGCCAUGCUCAUUGUGAUGGGUCUCGCAUUGGUAGCCCGGCCGAGAAACAAGCCUAAAUCUUCAUAGCUUCGUGAUAGCUCGAUUUUAAGAUUUUCCCGUCAGUCUUCUUAAUAUCGUAAAUGUGAAAUAUUGUAUGUCUAUUACUCAAUUACGCAUUAAGCCUUAACGGAAUUGGAUGAAAUUUGGCACACAUAGCUUUAUUACCUGGAGUGGGACAUAGGAAACUUUUUAUCCCGGAAAAUAUUAGGGUGGGUUGUGGGAUUUCCAAAAAACUAAAAUUAACGGUAACGAAGUCGCGGGCAGAAUCUAGUAGAUAUCUGAAACCUCCGGUUAACGCAUGAUAGUAGCAAGCAACAUUGUACAUAAUAAGUUUUGUUUAUUUAUGACCAAGGCUAUGUUUUUACUACGUACAUUUGUUUUUAUGCCUAAACAGUAGGACGCGGC